AGACAAUACAUUACCACACCGACGGCUAGCUACGAUUGAAAUGCGACGGCGGUCAUGACAGCGGCGCCGAUCCACACAGCGACGAUCUUGUACAGGCAGGCAAGACCCUGACAGACAGACAGACGGACAGACAGACAGAUGGCAGAGAGAUGGCACUUGUGCCAAGGAGUGAGUAUCAGUCAGUCUGCAGUGCAGUGCAGUGCCGCCUGGUCCAGUCAAGUCAAGUCUCACCUGCACGCCUUCCCUCAGGCAUUUUGGAAUGAUCUCAUACAACGCCACGUAGAAAAAUGUACCUGCAACAACCAACCAGCCCACCCCACCACCGGCCAUCCCAUCCAGCCAUGAGUGUGUUGUGCUGUAUGAUAGAUAAGACCUUACCGGCAGCGAGGGCGGACAGGACGCCACAGGCGGUGGCGCCCGUGGCCGUGCCCUGGUUGACGUAGAGGAUCGUCAGGCCCAGUGCGGCGCCCAGAGGGGUCAUCAGGGAAAACGUCAGGACCGACGCAAGGAACUCUGCGACACAAACAACACAACAGACCCAUCACACCACACCCGACCCGUCUUCGUCGCUGUCUCUUGUGUUUGUCGACUCACGUCGUAUUGGAAGUCCACUCGCCACGAGGCUGGUCCCUGGGGAAACAGUACAGCAGCAGCGAGGGGCGGGGCUGAUGUAGGUAGCUAGCUAGCUAGUGCGUCCAUUCCAUCUCGCCUGCCUCGGCUGCCCUCUCCUCUCCUCUCACCAAGUGCGAAUCCUGCGAGGGACUUGUGUGCGAUGAUGGCGAUGCCCACACUGGCAACGCUCACAGUUGCUGACCCCAGACCCAUCCCUGAUCACACACACACACACACACGGACACACACACCCGACACAGAGAGAGAGCUUCAUCGAUGUGUCGCUCGUGGAUGGGAUGGUACCUACCCUCGAUGAAGCUGUGUACGGAGAUGGCGACGAACAGCACGAGGGCGGGGAACCAAGCGAUGUCCUUCUCCCUCAGCGCGUGCCACUGCGUGUCCUCCACAUCGCUGCCAACCAGGUUGCCAAUGGCCCCAGGCACCUCCAUCUUCGCCAUGGCCCCUCCAUCUUCUCCAUGGCAGCACCCUGCUGCAGCUGCUGGAUGCUCAUGCGGAUGCGGAUGCGGAUGCUGAUGCGUAUGCGUGUGGCCGAGGAGGCUCUCAUGAAGGUGCUUGUUGGCCUUGUGGGACGAGAGGGGCGAGUCGCCGCCGCCGCCCGAGCGGUCGUUGGGUGCCUCGCUGUCGCCUGUGUGGAGGUGUUUGGAGGCGUGUGCGUCGAAGUGGAAGGGUACGGGCCUGCAGGGGGGGAGGUUCUGCCUCCUGUGGCGGAUGAACUCGGCGAUGUGCUCCAACGUGAGCAUGAGCAGGAAGCCUAUCCACGAGAGCAUCCCCGCAACAACAGCACGCUGGUCGCCGAACGCCUGGGCCAGCUGUGACGAGGCGUCCACGAUCAUGUCGCACACGGAGACCGCCAGGCAGACACCUACAUGACAUGAAGAAGGAAGGCACAGAGGAGGCACAGGCAUGGGCAUGGUCCUCUGUUUUCUGUGUCGUCUGACAGGGUCAGACAAAAUCUGUUCACACGCACAGUACUCACCGCCAGCCAUUGCGGUGAGGACCUCGAAGAGCAGCUCGGACACCUGGCCCUGCUUCAUCACGCCUGCACACACAACACACGACAGACAGACAGACAAGCAGCCCAGACAGACAGGGAGUGAAAGAGCGUCUGUCUGCCUGAGUGUGAGGAUCGUCCAUCUACCCACCCGGGAGUGCGGCACCAACGAUGGCGGCGACGAAGAUGACCCCCAUCCAAAUGAACUUGUCCACGAACGCUGCCACCAUUGGGAUUCACAAAUCAGAAGCUUACGGGAGAAUAGAACAAGAUGGAUCUUUCAAAAUGCCACUAGCUCUGAGUCCC